CCCAGACUUGCGUUCUCGUGUGCGUUGACCAAAUCUAGUACACCAGAGCAGUCUGGCGGCUUCGCGAUGGCAGCGACUCAGUCGCCUUCCUCUUCUCCUCGACUUCCAUCCCCACCGCCCAUCGCAGAAGACCAGAUAGGCCCGACAUCCCCUGGCGUGUCCCUUUACGAGGAACAUGGAAAGUUUCCAGGAGUCCACAGCCUCGACACCGGCGCGGCGAGGAGGAUACGACCGGGGACAAAAGCGGAGGAUAUGGCAGAAGGGCCUCCUUUGGUAGAACUGCAUGAUAUCGACUCCGCCUUUCAACUGACCGAACACCUCAAAGCCCUCCACUGGCACUACACCCAUCCCCCCGACAGCGACACCGUCCAACCCAUCGACGCCGAUAUUGCGCAGAAACUCACCACCCCACCGCCCAACACCUCCCGCGACAUCUGGCUCUACGAACUCGGCCGCUUCCUCAUCCAGAAAACAAACGCCAUCAUCGUCGCCCUCUUCGCCGACGACCCGCCUUGCUCCUCAACCUCGUGCCCUGAAAUGCGCGCCAGCGAAUGGCAGUACCUCUGCGCCGUCCACGACCCCCCGAAAUCCUGCGCGGCGGUGGAUUACUGCUGCCACACCCUCGACUGGGCAUCCAACAGCCUCGCAUCCUCCAAGCUCUUCCCGUCGCGUCUGGGACUGGGCUCAGGCACGGGCGGCAAUCUGAUGGGCAACGACAAGCACCUGCUCAACCAGAUGAAAGAGAUCAAGAAUAUUUUCCGCCGGGUGUACAGAAUCUACGCGCACGCGUGGUUCCAGCAUCGCGAGAUGUUCUGGCGCGUGGAGAAUAAGACGGGCUUGUACGUGUUCUUCAAGACGGUGUGCGAUGGGUAUGGCAUUAUUGAGCCGGAGAAUUACACGAUUCCUGCGGAGGCGGAGGGGUACGAGCCGGAGACGCCGCAUGCGCGGGAAGUGGUGUCGGAUCCGAUUACGCGGGUGCUGCAGAGGGGUGAAGAGGAGAAGACGGAGGCAGCGGCGGGUGGCAAUGACACGAUUGGGAUUGGCGAUACAACAAAGAGGCAUAGACAUACGAGGAGUGACCUCUCCGCAUCAAAAGAGAAUAUCAUCCAAGAGGAAGCAGAGGAGGAGGAGCAGGGGCCGUCGUCGGAACCAGCGCCGCCACCGCUGGGCAGGCAAGUGACCGCUCUCAAAGACGAAGGUGAAAAUGAAACGGAUGUGCAGAGUGCAGAAGAAAGAAAUCGGCCUAGCAUGCUGCGAACCGAUACGCUCAAGCCAAACGCCCCACAUGCGGCCGAGGAGGGAGACAGUCCGCUUACGGACGAUAAUACGCCAGUGGAGGCUGUCCAUCAGGCUACCAUGGAGCCAAAGGCGACUGAGGAGCAGUCUCCUACCGAUGGCGAAGAGGCCAGCCAAACGGUCGGGGAUUGAGCGCCCUUCACUCCGUGGAGGGAUGCUUCGUGCAACCACCAUGCGCGCAACCAAGUGGGCGAUCCUCGAAGACGACGCUUGAUUGAAGACGAAUGUUGGUGUUGCCGUGAGAGGAUGCUAUAGGUGGGCAGAGUCUGCAGACUGGUCGACGAUCUUCAGUGCUGCCGUCAUACUCCAGUCGCAGGCCGCUUCGGGCAGCCAUACGGGGACCAUUCCGUCCUUCCUCGCUGGAUGCAGAUGAGGGUUGGGAGAUAUCCAGAUACUUAGAGCCCUUCGAGGAGAGACAUAAAAAGACAAAAAGCCGCAAAUGGCAUUCGUGUAGAUCU